AUGGGCGGGGUUCCCUCACGCGAUGCGUCCUCUACCUUCUUCACUCUUUGCUACGGCGCGCACGAGGUGGGCCUCAUCCCUCUAGUUCAUCCUUACUUCCGCAAGGAAAGCAAGGAGUUGAGGGGGCAGUUUGUUCGUAUGCGGAACGAUCCAAGUGUGCGGUACAACUACAUGCGUGGUGCAGAAUACAACAUGAAGCAGCUACCACCGGCAUCCUACACCGAGGAAAAUCUUGACAAAUUACUUGAUGUUAUUGAUGCGACCCUUUAUGAUACUGCAAAGAAUAUGCUCGAAGAUGAGGAUACCCCACUGCGUCCUGUACCAUGUGCUGUUUGUUUUGUUUACGUCAAUGAUCGAGAGGGAACAGACUGUUUUUCAUUUUGCGGUCGACGCAUAAACAUCAUUGGACACUUCGGCUGCCACAAAUACGAAGACAGAGAGGACGAUGAACCCUGCCUCUACUUGCAGAAGGCCAUUUUAAAAGCGGCUGGGGAUCGUACUUUGGAGCGGGUGGUGACGCUUGCCGCGAUGAUGCUUAAGGAGGAAUUCUUCCGGGCAGCUGCAUCGGUUCAUAGGGGGGCGGAGGCAAUGGAACUGUUUUCGCGCCGUAUCUCUCAUUUAUCACUAAUUGUCCGUACACCGUGGAAUAGUUAUCCAGUGCUAAGGUUAGUGUAUGACACGGCUGCCGUUGCGUGGAGCGUGGAAAAGGUGCAGGAGUACCACGAUGCCCCGCGUUUUUCUUCCUACGAGGUACCAGAAAGCGGUGAAAGUGGUUUGAUGAUGCAAAUCGAAGGGUCAUUGCUGCACCGUUUUAUAUUGCGGGCGUGCUUAACAGUCAUCCCCUUAGCAGUGCGUGGGAUGUGGGGGCAGUUCAUCUUGAACGACACGGCGACGCAAAAUAAGGAGCAGGUGAUGACAAACUGGCUGAAUACCAGCCCGGAGGUAAACUAUUUUCUAGGUGGCACAGAAUUCACGUCACGGGUGAAGAAGCACCUUGAGAAUUUGCUUCGCGAGGUGGUUCGAGCACGUGAGACCCCAACAAGCGACCUGAGCGUCUGGAGCGCAGAGCAGGAGUGCAGUCAUGACGGCAAAAUAUACCGCAUCUUCGACUCACCACUUUGUGGACCAUUUCUCGCUACCGUCAAGGUGAAACAAUAUAGAUCGCAUGCUACAAGCAGUGGGCAUCGGAGGUCACGUCAGGCGUUGGAGCAGGCGUUAGAUAGCGGUGUGGCGGUUAAAAGUGGAGGUAGUGUAUCAUCUUUGAAGUACCCGGGGCACCCAAAUGUGGGAGCGCAAGCGCCUACCACACGGCCACUGCCAGAGUGCGAUGAGGCCGCAAACUCCACCAUUUCCUCAGUAUUCAUGUCUACAGGGUCACCAGUAAUCUGCCCCAUGACUCUGCCUGUCUCGGCGUUGCCACCUUGGACCAAUUCCCUUGCUUCCACACACCGCUCAUCUGUAGUGAUGCUGCAACAGCCGCUUAGUUCCACUUCAGAGGUAUUUCCUCUUUCUGCCAUGUCAACGUCAGUGGGCUCAGGUUUUCUUCCUUUCUACCAGGAAUCGCCCAAAGCAACGGCUCUCCCAAUACAGUCAUUUGGAAUGCCGUACGUUGUGCUCACCAACUCAGAUUCCGCGGCACCGCAUCAGAAUAUGAUGCCAGUGACCCCAAGCGUCACCACCAUGAUGCGCACCAUAGACCACAACAACGGCAACGAUAUCAGUGGCAGCGGUGGUAAUAUUGUCGCCAAGGGUGGUGGAGCGACGUUUAUCAACAUAGUCAACGGAACGACCGAAUUGCAGCCAGCAUACAUGCAGUCUGUAGGGAAUUACUUUUUGGUGACGGAUAGCCGUGUUGAGCUGGUACGUCCCGUACCCGUGACCUCAGCGGGUCACUGGAGUCCCUGA